UCAAAGUCAUGGUAUGCCUGCUGAAGUGUGUUAGUUCGCCGAUAAGUAUUGCUCCCCUCGGCAGCAACAGGAAUUGGUCGUAAUUUGUACGCGAAUAGUAAAAGUUGGAUGUGAAAUCGUGCCGUUCGUCUUAGGAGAAACUUUUAACAGGGAUGUCAUAAAUCAGAAGGGACAUUAAGCAUGUUAUGCUUUUGAAUGAGGCAAUAUUUUUCAUCAGUUGACUGCUAACUUUGUAUCAGUUUUUAUACCAAAGAAAGUGGAAGGCGUCUAAAGCCAUAUAGACAGGUUCAAAAAACCUUACGGAAAGGCAAUUUUAUAUGAAGUCAUUUGGAUAUUUCCUUUUCUAUGAAUUUGAAGAAUUGAGUUUGAAAAUGAUGAAAACUGUGUAUAAUUUUACGAUAUAUUUCAGUUUUACUGGAAUAAAUGGUGAUAUUGCAUAUAAGAGGAUAUAUUAUAAUAAAUUGGGUACAAUUUUCAGUGGAAGUUAGAGAAUUCAUGGUGGACAAUUGUCUGUAUGCUGGAAGUUUUCAAGUCAGAAAUUUUAAAUCAUUGGUUGAGUAGCUUUGAUAAAAGGAGAGAUAGUGGAUCUUCAAAUUGAAAACAGGACGAGUGAUGGCAGUAGUUAUAGGCAGCAUGUAAAAAAAUAUUGUUUGAAGUCUGUUUUCUUCAAUAGUUUCAGCUUCAGUGCACAAGAAAAUAUGGGCAAUUGUCUCAAUUCAUCACAACAUCUUAUCCUGUUUCUUGUUUCCUUUCUUUUAUGCGCUUUUGAGCCCUGUAUAAGUGAGGAUUACUGCAAGAAUGAUGAAAUCAAAGGUUCUUCUCUAAUGUCUGUGAAAUGCUCCGUGCAAACCUUAAACGAUGUAUUCUACAAUUUUUCUUCAAUUGACCCAGACUUGAUUGGUAAAUUGAAUAUCAACUGUGAUACCCGAAAUGAUCAUACCAGCAAUAACCAUCGUUUAAAAAGUGACUUUGACAACUUAGUUAACAAUACUUUUGGCUUUCUAAAGAAUUUACAUGAUCUUGUUAUUGAAAACUGUAAGCUCCUUACCAUCACACCGAUGGCAUUUAACGGAGUAUCUCAAUUAAAGAACUUAGCUUUAAGAUCAAGAAAUAUUCAAAAUCCUUUGUCCUCUUUCAAAUUAUCUGCUGAGACAUUUUCUCAGCUUCAGUUGUUAGAGAAUAUUGAUUUAAGUGAAAAUAAUAUGAAUAUUUUACCUCAAACUCUCUUAUGCCCACUUCGAAAUCUUCAGUCUUUGAACAUUACUGAUAAUGACUUUGCUGAUAUAUCUAAUGUGGGUUUAUCAACUGGAACUCGAGAGAACGUUUUGUGCUUGGUUGAUGUUCAAAAAGUAUGGUUAUCGUAUAAUCGUAUCAAGGUGCUAACAAAUAAAGGAUUUGCUGCUGCAAGUCAACUUAAAGAACUCUUUUUAGAUCAUAAUUCCAUUUCAAGAGCUGAAGAGUUGGCACUUUUUGGCCUGAAUGAAUUAGAAAUCCUUGACCUCUCCAGCAAUCAAAUCGUAGCCUUGCCACCUUUAGUUUUAAGACAUUGUGAAGAUCUAAUUGAGCUAUACCUUCAAAAUAAUUCUAUCAGUGUUUUACCACCAGGAUUACUGACAGGGCUUCAGAGACUACGAAUACUUGAUUUAUCUCAUAAUGAGAUAACAAAUCAUUGGUUAGGUUCAGAUACUUUUUCGGAUUUAAUUCGUCUUGAGUUAAUGAAUUUAAGUCAUAAUCGUCUAACGCAAAUUGAUAGCAAAAUAUUUCGAACCCAAUAUAGUUUACAGAAACUUUUCAUAGAUAAUAAUGAAAUUGAAGCUAUUUCAGAUGAUGCCUUUUCUGUACUAUAUAAACUACACACUCUGCAUUUGCAUAAUAACAGAUUAACUUUUAUUACUGCUUCCACAUUUAGCGGUUUAUUCGUCAUUGAUAUGUUAUCCCUCAAUAACAACUUUAUCGAAAACAUACAUAUUGAUGCCUUUAGUAACAACAGUGCUAUUAUAGAGAUCAAUUUAUCUGAUAAUAAGCUAUCAACAGUACCAUCUGCCGUCCAAUCACUUAUGCUUCUUCGUAGCUUAGAUUUAUCUAAUAAUGAAAUUUCUUACAUUCACAGUGCAAGUCAUCGAGGUCUCGAGAAUUUAUAUAGUUUAGUUCUGAGUGGAAAUAGGAUCGGAAAUUUAACUCGAGGUGUAUUUGGACACUUACCAAAUUUAAGAGUUUUAAAUUUAGACCAUAACAAAAUUGCAUCAAUAGAGCAAAACACUUUUGAGGAUGUUCCUUUUUUACAUGCUUUGCGUUUAGACUCCAAUUUUCUUCCUGAGGUCAAUGGUUUAUUUACAAAUUUACAUGAUCUUAUGAUGUUAAACAUAUCAGCAAAUCAAAUAGAAUGGUUUGAUUAUGCUCUAGUUCCAAUUGGAUUGCAAUGGCUUGAUUUGCAUGACAAUCAAAUAGAAUUGCUGGGAAAUUACUUUGAGUUAGAAGCAGUUCUAAAACUGAGAACAUUGGAUGCAUCUUUCAACCAUAUAACUGAAAUAGAUGCCUCUUCGUUACCUAAUGGAAUUGAAAUUGUAUACUUAAACCAUAAUCACAUAAAGUUAAUUCAACCCUUUACUUUUAUGGGUAAACCUAAUCUCACAAGAGUAGAUUUGAGAAGAAAUCUUCUAGGAAACAUAGAGGUCAAUAUUUUUAGAUUGACCGAAGUUAGAAAUCGUAAGCCGUUACCUAAGUUUUUUAUAUCAGAAAAUUCUUUUAUCUGUGAUUGUAAUAUGGAAUGGAUUCAACGUGUUACUUAUCAAGACGAAUCUCGACAUUACCCUCGCAUUGUGGAUAUUGAUUAUGUCUCUUGUCACUUAACAUUUAAUCGUCAAAAAUCACCAGUACUUCUAGUUAAAGCACAAUCUUCCCAGUUUCUUUGUCAAUACAAAAAUCAUUGUUUCGCACUUUGUCACUGUUGUGAAUUUGAUGCCUGUGAUUGUGAAAUGGUGUGUCCUGAAAACUGCACAUGUUUUUAUGAUCAAAGCUGGAAUACAAACAUUGUGGAUUGUAACUCCCAAAACCAUCUAACUGUUCCCCGACGUAUACCAAUGGACGUAACUGAAUUAUUUUUAGAUGGUAAUGUUAUCCCAUCAUUAUCAAGUCAUACAUUUAUAGGAAGGAAAAAUAUGCGAGUUUUAUACAUGAAUAAUAGCAACGUGCAUGUGAUAAAUAAUCGAACAUUCAAUGGUCUGAAGUCACUUCAAUCCCUAUACCUGCAAAAUAACCUCAUUUCUACCCUUCAUGGCUACGAGUUUGAACGCCUAGUAAACUUACGACACCUUUACUUGUCUUAUAAUCGUAUUUCCUUUGUAGCAAAUGCAACUUUUAUGCAUUUGAAAGAUCUUGAAGUAUUACAUUUAGACCACAACUUUAUUACACAGUUUCAAGUAUGGAACCUGAAUCAAAAUCUCAAGCUAGCUGAUAUCCAGCUCUCUCAUAACCCUUGGGCAUGUGAAUGCCAAUUUGUUGGGGACUUCACGAAUUGGUUGCAAUUAAGAACAGAUCUGGUACACGAUGUAUACAAUGUUAAUUGUAUUUUUAACGACACACAUUCUUUAUCGUUAAUCGAAUAUAAUGUUACAACUUGUACAAAUAUUACUGAUGGUGCACCUAGUUAUAGAAAAUCUCUUGAAGUAAAUGACAUUUUACCAUUGUUAAUAUUGGUCUCAUCUAUUUUCGUUCUAGUGAUUAUAGCAAUAGUACUCUUUGUUGUAUUUCGUAAACCUGUAAAAGUUUGGCUUUUUUCGAAAUUUGGAGUACGUAUCUUCGACUCUGAGCGUAGAGUUCCAGAUGAUGACAAAAUCUACGAUGCCUUUAUUUCCUAUUGCAAAAAAGAUGAAGCUUUUGUAGUUCAAGUACUUGCCAAUGAGCUAGAAUAUGGCAGUCCCCAUUUUCGAUUGUGCCUUCAUUACAGAGAUCUUCCCAUUGGCGGAUAUCUAUCGGAGGCCAUAAUUGAAGCUAUAGAAAGCUCUCGUCGAACAAUUUUAAUACUAUCAGAGAACUUUGUUCGAAGUGAAUGGUUUCGUUAUGAAUUUAAGUCUGCACAUUACGAAAUGGUCAGAACCUGCAAACAAAAGCUUAUUGUGAUUUUUGUUGGUUGUUUAUCUCAAGAAGAUUUAGACCCAGAUUUGAGAUUAUGGUUAAAGUCAAGCACAUUUUUACACUGGGAUGACAAAAAGUUUUGGGAAAAGCUUCGAUUCGCUUUGCCGGAUAUUCGGAACAGGAAAUAUGAUAGAUGCCACUCUAUAGAAAAUUCUAUUUCAGUGCAUAUAUAAAAGUGUAUUUUGCAUGUAAAUACACUUUUCAUUGUGAUCAAAAUCUUUCAAGUUUUAUACUUGCACAUUAGCGAAAGUUAAGCCAAUGCAGAAUUGGUGCAAAAGUUCCAAAUAAAUUGUAUAUAAAGUGUUUAUUUUUAUUUGUGUGUUUUGUAAUAUGUGCUUUGAAGGAGAAACUUUCCAUUCAUAAAUUGCUCUUGGUGUGUAUAUAUUAUGCUUUGUGAUCUUAUCUUCAAUUUUAUUUGAAAAGAUAUGUGAUAUUAAUUGCAAUUUUUAUACAUUAAUGUGAUUUUUCUGUGCACGAGGGUUGAGGUCAUUUUGUUUGUAUUUUUGUUAUUGUUAUUAUUAAGUGUUGGUUUGGUUUUAAUUAAGCAAACGUUAUAAAGUUCCUGAUAUAUUUCUUUCAAUGCAUGCGACAGUUGUAAAAUGUAUCCACUCAAUGCAUCUCUGGCAGAAGACUGAUCAAAGAAUAAAAAUAAUAGUUAUUAUCAAUGAUAUAUAAGCGGUGAUUGCUUAAUAUAAAAUAUAGAUUAAUGUUUAAUUAAUAAUUAAAGUAUUAAGCUGAGACAAAAGUUUCUUCCAUAAAUAAAGUAUGUUGAAAAUGCCAAAGAAAAUGUGAAUUAGUGAAAAGGUAAAGUUUACUUUACAACGUAAGGAAAACACUAGAAAAAAACAUAUUUCUAAUUGAAUGCAAUUGUAAAUUACAAGGCAAAUUUCAUUGAGUAAAAAGACCCAGCACCUAGAAUUACGUAAAUGUUUUUUUUUAUAUUAAAAUUUCCUCCUACAUCGUAACUAAGGAUUCAAUAACAUAUUUAUUUAUAAAAAUCUUUCUAAUAAUUUCAUU